UAAAAAAGUCUGGGGAUGAGGUUGGCAUCGGGAAAACGGGCUCAAAAUGGAGACAGCACUUUCGUUUUUAUAACAUUGGCUGGGCGAAGUCAAGUGGUCAAAAGGUUGUCUAGGUUAUUUAAGUGAAUUCCCAGGACCAGAUAAUGCUAGUGAUAUUUAUUCCAUGAUAUAUAGCUACAAUAUCCUUAUGGUCACAAUCUCAAGUGGUUUGGCUUCUAGUCCUGCUGUGCCAUCCAUAUCUCCAUAUAUCAUAUCAAGUCAUUUCUUUCAUUCACUAACAAAACAAAGGAGCUGUUUUAAAAAUCUAUUAGCAUAAAAGAGGAAGAGCUUUUUAUGGAUUGCAUUGUAUUUAAUAGUGUCAUGAAAUUUUUUUAAUUGUAUUAUCCUUCUAACAUUCCAAUGUUGAAGUCUCCUGUCACUCUCUCCCUUCGUAGCCAUAGCCAUCCUAGCUAGAGAGAGUGAUAGAGAUGAAUACAUGGAAUCACAGCCCCGAUAUUUACUUGCACAUGCAUCUAAGUGAUUACGUAAUACCCGAUGCGCGCGCAGAAAUGGAGGUAAAAAUGUAAACAAACUAAGUGGAAAAGUUACCUCCAUUUCUGCGCGCACAGGAAAAACACAGCACUAUGAUUGAGUGUAUUCCUGUGUGAUGUUAUUUGUUUAAUUUUUGGCAGUAAUCUUUUUGACUCUGUCUUUUAGCUGGCUGUGUGACAGGAAAAAGAUGCUAGAAUACACCUUUACGAUAAUUCGGGAAAACUAACACUUCAUCGCAGCUUAUUUUAUGAUCAGAGGGAAGCAAUGCCCUCAAGUGAUGAAAUGGACCAAUAAUUACUCUGCUUCAGCUUUUUCCUGCCACACAGAUGCCAGAGGCGAAAGAGCUUACCUCUCUGAAAAUGUAAACAACAGAAUCCAUCUACAGACAUUUUUCAUUAAGAAACAAAACUUGGUGGAAAAUACUUUAAGGUGGUAGUUUUAAAGACUUCUUGGGGUUAUACAUAUUGUUUUUCUGGAAACUUUUACUGUUGGAGCAGUCUUUUUUCUGGGCUAUUGUUUCAGUGCAGAAAACAAACAUUGUAGACGUUCCAGGAGUGUGAAGGUCUGAAGAUUUUAUUUUAUAUAUAUAUAUGUACAACCAACUCAAAAGUCGAGUCUUCUUUGACUAAACCUUGUUGACAAGAAAGUUCAAACUCACCAUAAUUAUUUUUUUAAAGGAAUUAUUACUGUUCAAAUAAUAUUUAACCUGUUUGGAGGCAAAAACAAACCAUCAUUCGAAAACGCAAUUUUAUAGGUACAAUGCCACCACAUACUUCCCCUAUGGCAAGUAAUGCAUUGUAAAAAACGAAAUUUAAUUUUUUGUUGGAAUAUGCUUAUAUCAUUCUUGGUUUGAAACAUGCAAAAAAUACAUUUUCUGGGUUAUUCCUGCAACUUCUAUAUACACUUUAAAAUGCAAAACACAUGUAUGUUGUGGUAUCACGCCUUUCUGCAGUAUUUGAUUGAUAUUUUGUGGACUGAUUUUUUUGUUAUAUAGGUAUUGAAUUUUAUGUCUUUAAUUACUUAAAAAUUGUAUAUUUAGGCAAAUGUUUUGCAAAAAAUUACCCAACUUUAACUUGCCAAUAAAGAAAUUGAAAUGCAGUUUGGUUUCAAAGGCGUAUCACUUGCCCAGUCAAAUGAAAUGUGUGGAACUUAAUAAAUAUGCUGAUUGCCUUGAUGACCUAAAAAUUAAUGCAACAACAUCACCUCCAACUGAUAAAGAAAUAGGGGCUCAUCAGGCUUUAAUAAAGGUUAUGGCUGCAUCUAUCAAUCCAUUUGAUAUCGAAAUGACUAGAGGAUAUGGUCGAGAAGCUAUGAAUGUUUUCCGAAGAAUGUCAAAAUAUCCAGAAUUUCCUUUAAUAUUAGGUCGUGAUUGUUCUGGAAUUGUGAUCAAACGUGGCAAACGUUUUCGGCGAUUUAAAGUUGGAGACGCUGUUACUUGUGUACGUUGGAUUGAUGGGCAAGGAACUCAUGCAGAGUAUGUGGUUGUAAAUAAAUGCGAGAUGUCACUUAAACCAUGUAACUUAACACAUACAGAGGCUUCAAGUUUUCCAUAUGUUGGAUGUACCACUUGGAAUGCGCUUAUCCAUUCAGGGGUAGUACCCAUCACUGGUAGACCAAAAAAAGUAUUUAUUCCUGGUGGUACUGGAGGUAUCGGAUCAUUUGCUGUACAGUUGUGUCAGAGUUUUGGACAUGAUGUGUUUACAACAUGUGCCACAGAUGGUAUUAAAAUUUUAAACAACAUUGGAAUUAAGAAUGUGAUCGAUUAUACUUCAACAAACUACUUACGUGAUCUUGAAUCAUGUGGCCCAUUUGAUGUUAUGUAUGACACACUGAACGAAAAAUACUUUGAACUUUUUAAGGGACUUUUGAGAGACAUGUCAUUUUCAAGUUAUGUGUCACUUCGCCCUACUUUACUACCCGAGAUGGAUGAACAAGGCGUGGCAUUGGGUUUAUUAAAAUCUGGUGGAAAGUUUUUGCAAUCCAAUUUAUCACAACUAUCAUCUGGAAAGGGAAGUUAUAGAUGGGGUUUUUUCACUCCCAAUGCAUUAAUGUUGGACCAAAUUAGGCCACUAAUUGAGAGUGGAAAGAUAAAGCCAUUAAUUGACAAAGUAUUUACUAUCGAUGACGCAUUAGAUGCUUAUAAACAUGUUGCAGAGGGCCACACACGUGGUAAAACAAUAAUAAAAAUGACCGAAGACUAGUGAUUAUGUCUGUACUAUGCACUUUUGUGGAAAUACAAAAGAAAAAAAUUA